CCGGCGAGGCCGCUCGUGGUGAGGCUCUGAGAGAGGCGCGGAGCCUCCACAGGAAGUAUUCCUAGCAGUCGCCUCCGCUCCCUCGCCCGGUGACGGUGAUGCUGCCCGCUCGCGGUCCUCCGCUCCCGGGAGCCCCGGGCUGCCGAGCAGGAGUGCCCUGACUCCAUGAGGAUCCACCACUGUGUGUGUAACUGUACAUGAGAAGCGCUGACUCCCACAUUGCCUGCUUACUGGCCUUUCAGUAUGGGGAGGAUUGGCAUCUCCUGUCUUUUUCCUGCUUCUUGGCAUUUUAGCAUCUCUCCAGUGGGCUGUCCUCGAAUUUUGAAUACCAAUUUACGUCAAAUUAUUGUCAUUAGCAUCCUGGCUGCUGCUGUCUCACUUUUAUACUUUUCUGUUGUCAUAAUCCGAAAUAAGUAUGGACGUCUAUCCAGAGACAAGAAAUUUCAAAGGUACUUGGCCCGAGUCACAGAUGUUGAAGCCACAGACACUAAUAACCCCAAUGUGAACUAUGGAAUCGUGGUGGACUGCGGCAGCAGUGGGUCUCGGGUAUUUGUCUAUUGCUGGCCAAGGCAUAACGGCAAUCCUCAUGAUCUGCUGGAUAUCAGACAGAUGAGGGAUAAAAACCGGAAGCCGGUAGUGAUGAAGAUCAAACCCGGCAUCUCAGAGUUUGCUGCCUCUCCAGAGAAAGUCAGUGAUUACAUUUCUCCACUUUUGAACUUCGCUGCAGAGCAUGUUCCACGGGCAAAACAUAAAGAAACACCACUCUACAUUCUCUGCACGGCAGGAAUGAGAGUCCUUCCCGAAAGCCAGCAGAAAGCCAUCCUGGAAGACCUCCUGACUGAUAUCCCCGUGCACUUUGACUUUCUGUUCUCUGACUCCCAUGCUGAAGUCAUUUCAGGGAAACAAGAAGGUGUGUAUGCUUGGAUCGGCAUUAACUUUGUCCUUGGACGAUUUGAGCAUAUUGAAGAGGAUGACGAGGCAGUUGUGGAAGUUAACAUUCCUGGAAGUGAGAGCAGUGAGGCCAUCAUCCGUAAAAGAACAGCGGGUAUUCUGGACAUGGGAGGCGUGUCAACUCAGAUAGCAUAUGAAGUCCCCAAAACUGAGGAAGUAGCUAAAAAUUUGUUAGCUGAAUUUAACUUGGGAUGUGAUGUUCAUCAAACUGAGCAUGUGUACCGAGUCUACGUGGCUACGUUUCUUGGGUUUGGUGGCAAUGCUGCUCGACAGAGAUAUGAAGACAGAAUAUUUGCCAACACAGUUCAGAAA